AUGAAAAGGCUCGAAAACACUAAUCAGCAGCAACUGCAGGUAAAUAUCGUCGUCAAUGGUGAUGUUGGAUGUGGCUCUCCCGCAUUUAAUAGGAACGAAUUCCGGCAGUCGUGGGUAGAACGAGUCAUGGAUCCCGCUGGCAAUUUUCCUGCCAGGCCCUCCACACGUUUGAGGGAUACAAGACGUCUUGCGAGGGACGGGAAGGAUUUAAAGCGAUAUAAUGACAGCAAGGCUCACUCAGACCGGGUCUGCUGGCCCCCUACCUCAUCACCUGUGCGGCAGGAAAACGCGACUAUCAGCACUUACCGUGUUUGGGGAGCUGGGGGAGCGAGGAAGGGGGGAAGGGGGCAUGCACAGGAGGGCUGGCAUCGGCAUCGCACGCGCCGAGAGAGAGAGAGAGAAGGCGGGGGUGGGGUUCGCGUUUCCCGCACUGCCGGUAUUAACUACAGUGUGCGUGCAGAAGAGUAG